AUGGCAGAACAUGAUCGCAUUAUUCACACUAAUAUGUCUUUCUACUAUGCGUAUUAUCAUAAUGGCUUCGUAUUCAGCCGAAAUUGUGAGCAGUUUAAUAUAAAAUACUUGGAAGAUUUCGGUUAUCUUGCCAAGUCGCACGGUGCUUCAGCAAUGAUAAGUCAAACUAUCGUCGAUGAGGCUCUUAGAGAACUACAGCAUUAUGGGAAUAUACCUGUUACGGGCCGAGUCGAUCAAGCUACAUUAGAUUUGUUAUCGCGGAAAAGUCGAAUUUCUCAUUUUAACUUUGGGAAUGCUUUAAGAUGUGGGCUGAGUGAUCGUAGAACGAAUCGCCGGAGGCGGCAUCGAAAACGCUUUUCUUUAAUGGGAAUGAAAUGGGAAAAAAAGAUGAUAACUUACAGUGAAGGAUCUGAACAGCUGUUGAACAGCUGCCGUAUUGUCGAGGCUUUAAGAAAUUAUUAA